AAAUUAGCCAAAGAAGUCAACAGAGCAAGUAAACGGUGAAAUGUUAUUAUCUGGUCCGGGAUUGCGUGCUUUUUGGUGAAUCGGUUGUUGAUAUUUUUCUUAUGUGAAUAUAAGAACUUUGAAGCUAUGUAGCAAAACGGUGCUAAGUUGACGUUAUGCAUGUUUACGGUGUUAGCAGAUGCUAGCCGCUUACAAGCUACGCGUGUUGUUUUCGCUCCUGUCUUCGUAACGCUGUCAUGUUUUAACCCAACAUCCUCAGCUCUGCGGUAGUGUUGGUGCCGCAGACUUUUUCUUCCAGAGAGAGUAUUGAACAUAUACCGAUAUUUGCGCCAUGAAUCCGCCCAAUCCGUUUGGAAGUCCACAAGGUGGAGCUUUCCAGGCCCCAAACAACUCCAUGAAGACGGGAUUGUUCCAGUCCUUUGGACAGCAAGGCUCCGGCGGCCAGGUCCCAAGUUUGGGUUUUUUUCCGCCGUCUGCGUUUGGACAGCCGUCUGCUUUGAAUCAACCUCAUGGAAAUACCGUCUUUGGACAAACACCUGCCUUUGGACAGUCGACUGCACAGCCCCCAUUAAGCCAAGCCACAGCAUUUGGACAGCAGUCAUUAGGAAUGAGUAGCUCGGGCUUUAGCACAGCCCCGGCGUUUGGACAGACAAGUGGACAGAGUCAGGGCUCAGUUUUUGGGCAGACGUCGGCGUUCGGGCAGACGUCUGCGUUCGGUCAAGCCACGGGAUUUGGCCAACAGAACGCAGGAUUUGGGAAACAGCCACCGGCGUUUGGUCAACAACAACAGCAACAACAACAACAACAACAACAACAACAGCAGCAAUCCUCUGGGUUUGGAAAACCCCAGAUGACGACUCUCUCCACCACUGCCUUAAGUUCACAGCCUCAGCCGCUCAGUUUUGGGCAGCCUGUGUUUGGACAGGCGUCGUCCACCAACGUCUCCACCAAUGUGUUCGGGGCCGUUCAGAGCGUGAACCAGAGCAGAGGCGCAGGGUCAUCGGAGUUUAGUUUCAAGCCGGCCAACGAGGCACUUUUCAAACCUAUCUUCAGUGCCAGUCCUGAGCCUGCCAACCCCCUGACCACUUCAGUGACCAGCUCGCCUUUUGGCACUAGUGGGUCCCAGACAAGCUCCAUCACCAUGAGCAGCAGCAGCAGCAGCACCACCAGUGGCUUCUCCUCAUUAACUGGGCCUAAGCCAGGGCCAGUCGGCUUCAGCUUUUCACAACCGGCUGCAGCUCCCUCUAUUUCCCUUCAGAAUAACCCGCUAACAACCGGCAGUACUGUUGUUCCAUCAAAUACUCCCCAGUUCACCUUUUCCCAGCCAGCAGCCCCCGCCAGCUCCAGCACCAAGGCUUCCACCACGGAGCCCACCACCCCAUCGUCUUUCAGCUUUUCCAACAAAACGCUCCAGCCCCAGCCAACAUCCCUUUUUGGAGGAACCAGCUUUGGUCAGCCUUCAGCGUUUGCUGACACCAAGGCCAAAGCGGAGACCAGCGCCGAUGAUAAAGGGAGCAGCUUUGCUGGGGAAACUAAUAUCUCUGCAUGUAUUAGCAAAGGCACCAAGCGCAAGGAUGAUCCUGUCGUCUCAGGCUCGGAGAAACUCGCUGCUGAGGAAGAUCUUACACCCGAAGGCGAUUCACCUCGACAUCCCCCAAAGAGGCCGCUAAUGAGGUCCCGCGGCCCAACUGGAGGCUUGUUCAGUAGGGCUCUGAGUGGACUUCGCAGAGACGUCACUAACCCCGUGAGGCAGGAGGUCGCCAAGGAGACUCCGCAGCAGGCACCAAAAUGGGACGAGACGCAGAGGGAACCGGUCCAAUCUCAGGUCGAUGACCAGUCUGUUCCAGCGCCGCCGGUACAGACACAACCCAGGGAUGUACUGGGAAAAGUGGAGGAGGCAGACUCGGUGAAAACCUCAGACCCCCAGGUUGAAACCACCACCCCUGCGAGACGUACUGCGCGCAGGGAAAGCUCGGACAGUUUAAGCGGCAUGUCUCCUUCCGACUGCACCAUCAUCCAGUGCAGGCAUGUGCCCCCGGCCCUCAACAAAAAGGACGUCAUUGAAAGACACUUUGGAAAGUUUGGCAAAGUCUGCAAAGUCCUGUGUCGACCUGCCAAGAGCCUGGCCAUCGUUCACUUUGACAACCAUGCUUCGGCAGCAAAGGCGAAGAGGAAAGGCAAAGUCCUCCACAGACAAGAGCUCCUCCUCCUGUGGCAGAAGAAGAAACAGAGUCCCGGGGACAAAGAGAGCAGACCUGCAGCAGACACGGAGGAGGCAGAUGGAAAAGAUAUGGAGGACACAGAGUCUAAGGCGGCUUCCUCCCCGGUCAGAAGACCAACACUCAGAGCCCCUGCACUCAAGAGUAUGGUUUCUCUCAGCAGCUCGCCGGUGAAGAGCUCGUCUGUGGUCAAGUCUCUGCAGUUUGAAUCUGAAUCCCAGAAAGAAACCGUCACGGAGAUGCAGAGCUCAGAGCGUCCAGUCCCCUCCUCGCUCCUGCACCUGAUCGGCCAGGUGGCGGAGACCGCCGAGGACAAGUACCGCCUCCUAGAGCAGAGGGACAAGGUCCUGCGUCAAGGUCGGCCCAAGCGGACGGACCUGGACCUGUCCAAGGUGUUUGUGGGGACGUGUCCUGAUAUGUGUCCAGAGAAGGAGAGAUACAUGAGGGAGACCAGGAACCAGCUCAGCGUGUUUGAGGUCGUCCCAGACACAGAAAUGGUCGAUCACGCUACAGCCAUAAAGGAGUACAGCCGCUCGUCUGCCGACCAGGAGGAGCCUCUGCCCCACGAACUGCGUCCGUUGCCUGUGCUCAGCAUGACCAUGGACUAUCUGGUGACUCAGAUCAUAGACCAGAGUCAGGACAAUUACAGGGACUGGUACGACUUUGUGUGGAACAGGACCCGCAGCAUCCGCAAGGACAUCACCCAGCAGCACCUCUGCUGCCCUCACACUGUGUCUCUAAUUGAGAAGUGCACACGCUUCCACGUGCACUGCGCCCACGACCUCUGCGAAGAGCACAUCUCGGCUUUUGACGCCAAGAUCAACAACGAGAACAUGACCAAGUGUUUGCAGAGCCUCAAAGAGAUGUACCAGGACCUGGCUACUCGGCAGGUCUUCUGCCCCCGUGAGGCCGAGUUCCGCCAGUACAGCGUCCUGGUGAAACUCAACGACGGCGACAUCCUACGGGAGGUGCAGCAGUUCCGCGACGAGGUGCGAAACUCUCCCGAGGUGAAGUUUGCUGUGCAGGUGUUCGCUGCCGUCAGCAGCAACAACUUCGUUCGCUUCUUCAAGCUGGUGAAAAGAGCUUCGUACCUGGCCAGCUGCCUCCUGCACAGAUACUUCAAUCAGGUCAGAGCUAAAGCAUUGAAGGCCCUGAACGUAGCUCACACCGUUGGUCCUCGGUCGACUAUUUUUCCAGUUGAGGACAUAGUUCGGAUGUUAAUGUUCCCAAGUGUUGCAGAGGCCACUGACUUUUUCCAACAAUACGGCCUCAAUGUCAGCGACGGUAUGGUGGAGCUGAGUCGGACGGGCUACCAGGAACCAGAGCUGCCUCUGUCUCAGAAGAAGUCUGACGUCAUCCUGGCAAAGAAAACCGUCCUGACUGGGGAGGUGGUGAACGGGGGCCCCCUCCCUGACCCUCCCCGACACACCCCCGUCUGCAGCUUUGACUCCCAGAACAAGUACCGUGGAGAAGGUCCUGUGGCCGAGCCCACGUCCAGUCAGUUCAAAGCCCCUGCUGACAGGUUGGAGAUGAAGGCGUCGUCCAGUAUUCAUGCGCCUCAGGUGAAGCCUCCAGCGUUCGCGAUGCCCGUGGCUGUUGCAGAAGAGACGGGAGAGGCCGGUGAAGCGUUCCACGCCUCGGCCCGCGCAGCAGAACCUCCCCAGCUCUUCCAGCCCAUCUCCCAACCUCAGCCUUUCAGACCUCCGUCGCCUCCGCCCAGACCUCAGCCGGUUUACAGCGAGGAGGACAUCAUGGCCGAGCUGGACUGUGUCAUAGACGAGGUGGUUGAUGCAGCAGUGAUGGAGGUGGCCAACGCCGGCGCCAGCUACGCUGCAGCAGCUCUCACUGAGAGCAGCGUUCAGGUGGAGUCGGUCGUCUCCGAGGUGCUGGGACAGAUGCUGCAGGACGUGUCCUCUGCUGAGAUCAAGCUGGAACAAGAUCGUGUUGCAGAAGAGAAGCGCAAGCUUGAAGAAGCCAGGAGGAGGCAGGAGCACGAGGCCUUCCUGGCCAGGUUCAGCCUCUCCCUCUGCACAGAGAUCAUCCAUGAAGUGUUGGAUGAGUCCAUACAGGAGGCCGCCACCUCUGAGAUACAGCAGGCGGUAAAUGAGAAAACAGAACGCGUGGCUAAAUGCACUGAGGAGGUCUGUGCCAGUCUGGUCGAGGAGACUUUGAAUGCAGACAUCGCUCUGUUGGUUGAGGAUAUAUUAGAAGCUGAGCUCCAACGGAUCCACAAGUACAUCAAAAGGUGGCGUGACGUGGUAGCAGUUCGUCGCCAGCUGAAGAGGCAGAUGAGAGGUUUUCCUGCGGCUCCGUGCUGCGUUGACCCUCGCUUCAAACUGAAGGCUCUGGUUCCCAGCGCCCCCGCUCGGCCCUCCAUAGCAGACCUGACCCGGGGCCUCGUCAACAUGGGCAACGCCGGCAUUUUAGCCCUGUCCAGCACCAGGUUGUUGAAGAUGAGAGAACGAGUUAUCCACCAGAUGAAAGUUCAAUACUUCUAUCAACAGCUGCUGAAUGAGACGGUGUGGACGCCCCUCGAUCUUCCAGCCCUGGUCACCGAACACGUCCCCGACCCCCCGGACCGAAUCUUCUGGAAAGCCGUCCUCCUGUUACCCAGUGACCACGAGAGCGUAGCCAGCGUGGCAGACGGGAUUCUGUCUGACUGGCUGGAGGUGAAACUUGGUGGCGAUAAGGGUUCGGACGUCGGGGAGGAGCAGCCAGACGGCUCCUUGAGGAACCUUUGUGUUACCAACACGCUGCAGGAGAGAGGACGACGCACACACAAAGUCCACGUCAGCAUCAAGGCGUCCCGAGGUCCUCUGUCUGAAGACGGCCUGUCCAAAAUGGAGGAGUGCUGUGAGCUCCAGGGGACGGGGGCCCUGAUCCUCCUGCUGCCCUCCCUGCCCUUCCUGGAGGUGGGGCAGGACGAGCGGGACGUCCCUCUGCUCUCAGCUCUGCUUCAGCUCAAACAGCUGCAGAAAGCAAACACCUGGCACUGUCCCCUGCCCCUGGUCGUCCUGGUGCCGGGGCCGGACGGCGGCGCCGCCGACACCGACAAGCUGGAAGAAGCUCUGAUGCUGCACACGCUGAUAAAGGACGGGCUGAUAUCUGAGUACACGUUCGUCUUCAUUCACGAGACCACGAACGACCUGCAGGGAUCCAAGAAGCUCAGCCAGUCCAUGCGUUGGCUUCUGGCGCGUUCUCCUCCCCCGUUCCCGCUCACCUGCCAGACUCUGGUGCAGCUGGUUGAGACGAGCCUGAGCCGUGAGUUCGUCCCCAGAGUUUACGCCAACCGUCAGGACCGGGACGCGGCGCGUCUCCCGUCCCAGGACCCGGCGCCCGUCGUCCGGCUCUACAACGCCGUCCUGGCUCACGUCGCAGACAAAGUGUCGUGCCAGGAUCUCAGCAAACUGUCGUGGCCUCCGGGCGAGUUCUGCCUCCCCGAGACCCGGGACUUCGUCCCUCAUCUGGCCUGGAACUCGCCCCAGCACCUGGACUGGCUGCAGAGAGCCAUCCUCAGCCUGCAGCUGCCCCCGUGGGACCAGAUUCCUGCAGCAGACUCGUGGUCUGAGCUCUGCUCCUCCGUCUCUCGCUACGCCGCUCAGAUCCCGGCGUCACGUCGCAGUCAACCCCUCCUGAUGUCGCAGCUGGAAAACCUCCUGGAGCGAGUGAGGCUGGAGGGUCAGCACACCCGAACCCCCGGGUCCAGAGCGAACAGGAGGAGCAGCGGAGCCGAGAGCGUGUUCGCCGCCUUCAGCCGGAUCCCGUGGGACGACGUGCUGAUGAUCUGCAUCGACCACAAGCUGAAAGACUGGCAGAUACGUGGAGCGCCGGUCUGCGAAGACGCUGUGACGGAGGAUGGGGAGAUCCUGGUUUACUUCCCGACAGAAUCAUUAAAUGGCUUCGAGCCGCCUGAGGAGUGGACGCAGGCGGUCAAACAAACACACAGGGAGAAGCAGCAGGAGCAGGACGGUGCGAGUGCAGCUCCCUGCCUCACACCCACCAGUCUGUCCCUCAGACAGAGGUUGUUCACCAGCCUGAUGGAACCAGUCGAGGCCCCGGCGGCUCCUCUCGACAUCACCCACACUCCCUCUGCACAAGAGCAGCUCGCCCACAGAGUCUUCCAGAGCUUAGAGGAGGAGAAGGCUGAAAGCAAGAGAAGCAUGGAGCAGCUUCAGCGCUGGCUGGACGGGGACCCUCUGGACCACUUGUCCACGCCGCUCUUCGUUCCCUCCUCCACGCUGCUGUCCAUGCCCACAACCUUCACACAUAACCCCGCAGCCAAGAGUCGAGAGGCCGCGUCCGCACAGGAGCCAGAGCCUCAUGAGGCGUCUGUGGAAGCAGCGUGGCCUAAGAACGCUCCCGUAUCUAUAUCAUGGAGGCUGAAAGAACUCGAGCGGCAGAUCUUGGCGAGUCAGGAGGAAGAGCUGGCCUGCAGGCUGAAGCUGACUGGUCUGCUCGGCAUCGUGGACGACUGAACAGCCGUCAAACGAAACCAUUCGUCCUCUCUGCCUUUGACUUAACAUGAAGUCUGUGACGUUCUCACUCCCAACUCAUAUUUUUUGUUUUAGCGUUGAGGUUAUUAACCAAUUUGCAAACGUGUGUCUCAUGUAGUUUUUUUUAAUUAACGAAGUUUGAUGUAUCAAAGAAAAUUACGUUUUUCAUUUCGUCUUGCUCCACUGACUUUGGAUUUAGGAUUUUAAAUGUGUGCAAGUACGAAUGCAGCGUCUCUGUUUAGUUUUUUUGCUGAAAACUGAUGAGACACUGAUUCUGUUAAAUCUCUAGGAAAUGUUCUUCUCUGCCUUUAACACGUAUUUAAGCUACAGAAAAGCUUAAGUUGUGUUUGUGUUUGUAUGACUGAAUGAUGAAAUCACUAAAUAAAAGUGUUAUAUUUUCCAAAUAAA